UCCUGCUGCAGCGACGGCAACAUCGCUGUCUGGGACCUGCACAACCAGACCCUCGUCAGGCAAUUCCAAGGCCACACAGACGGUGCCAGCUGCAUAGACAUCUCCCACGACGGUACGAAGUUGUGGACGGGGGGUCUGGAUAACACGGUGCGUUCCUGGGACCUGCGGGAAGGGAGGCAGCUCCAGCAGCACGACUUCACCUCCCAGAUCUUCUCACUGGGGUACUGCCCAACGGGUGAGUGGCUGGCAGUGGGCAUGGAGAGCAGCAACGUGGAAGUGCUGCACCACACAAAGCCUGACAAGUACCAGCUGCACCUCCAUGAGAGCUGUGUCCUCUCCCUCAAGUUCGCCUACUGCGGUAAGUGGCUCUCCUGGCCCCCCCAAAAGGGG